GACAAGGUUAUAUGGCCUGCGUCUGUGUCUUUAAAGGUUGUAUAUUAACAUAGUGACAUAGAAAGAACAGGUGAGUAGCGCUUAGAGGAAAGUUGAAAGAGGAGCAGACUUUCGCACAGGAUUUAUUUUUUCUUCAAAGCCUUGGUGGAUCAGGCAAAGCUUUAAUCAAGGCGAUCAUAAGUUAAGAGUUUUCCGAGUGUUUUGGUGACUUUACUGAACUGGAUUCAGGAUCGGUGGAUACCAUGGACUCUCUUUAAAAAACAGAAGCACUCACCUCGGAGCUGAGAAUGGGCUCGGGAAGCUGGUUACUGUGUUUGUUCAUCUUUGGAAUUCUUGUGGCAUCGUGUCCUGGUGUUGGACAAUGUGGGAGUGGGAUUACAAUCAACGUUAUACUGUUGGAUGAUGAGGACUCUCCCUGGAGCCUCCAGUAUGUGGAAGGAGAAAUACUGAAGGCCAUAGAGAAAGAUUCAGCCAUUAAUGCUGCCCAGGAUCCAGCUGUGACUUUUAACCUAACUGCGAAUUUCAGUGGGUUUGACACAACCUUAUACUGGUACCGAGGCUGCCGGAGCAGUUCAUGUGAAGCAGUUGCAGAGCUAAACAACCUGACGGAAUCAGGAAAUCUGGGAUGUGCUGUGCUUGGACCCACGUGCACCUAUGCUACUUUCCCAAUAGUUGAUAAGGAAGCCGGCAUGAGUCUCAGUAGACCCAUUCUCUCAGCGGGAAGCUUUGGUCGCUCGUGCGACUACACCUUCAACUUGCAGCGACUCCUGCCACCUGCACGCAAGAUCGUUGACUUUGUCAACCAGUUCUGGCAAGAAAACAAUGAGCUCAAACCUUCAUGGAAGGCAGCGUAUACUUAUAAAACAACGAACCCCACAGAGGAAUGCGUUUGGUAUGUAAGUGCAAUUGAAGCGACGGUGGAACCGCUUGCCUUAAAUAUUUCAAUAACGUCUCUACGCAGUCCCACAGAACUGCACAGCGUGCUUACAUUACGCAACAGGACAUCCAACUUGUUCAUCAUGUGUGGAUCACCAAUGGACCUAGUGGAAAUUAAAAACGGCUUUAAGGCUGCGGACAGCAGUGAUAUCGCCUUCAUCCUCAUUGAUCUUUACAGUGAUGUAUACUACACCAACACAUCGUCGCUGCCAGAAAUGAAGAACGUGUUGGUGCUCACCAUGCCGAACACCCGAAGCUACAGAAUCAACCCAGACCUUAAAGACAACAACACGAUGAACGACUACAUGGCCGCGUACCAUGACGCAGUGCUCUUUAUUGGCCAAGUGAUGAGAACAAUUUCUAAACAAAAUCAGUCUCAGCUUCACAGGACGGAAUAUGUGAAUGUAAAUUACUUCAGAAACACCAAAUUUACUGGGAUUGCUGGGAAUUAUACGCUGGACGAGUACGGGGACAGAGACGUGGCUUUCUCAAUCAUCUACACCACUACUGACAACAAGUACGAUAUUUUAUUCACAUUUGACACGGAGCGCAAUAAAACCACAGUGGUGGAGGAGGCUCCUAAGUUCAUCUGGGGGAAAAGACUUCCCAAUAACAUGCCAGACAGCGGCCCUGCGAUUCGCGACAUCAUUAUGAUUGUGUUGGCUGUUACUGUGGUCGUAGUGGCCACGAUCGCCUUUAUUUUCUACAGACAGAACAGAAGAGAUCGACUGCUCAGGAAGCGCUGGUCCCACGUGAACUCUGAUCUCAUCACGCUGAUGGAAAAUGAUGACAUCAACGUCAUCUCCCUUAAUAUUGAAAGUAAGAAGAAAAAGAAGUUCAAGAUCCGCUGUGCGCUCUACGAUAAGAAGAUUGUGAUCUUGAAGGAGCUGAAGAACUCGGAUGGGAACUUUGAUAAAACCCAGAAAAGGGAGCUCAAUGCGCUAUUGCACAUCGACUACUACAACCUCACAAAGUUUUACGGCACAGUCAAGUUAGAUCACGGUGUCUUUGGCGUGUUUGAGUAUGGCGAGCGAGGCUCGCUCAGGUGUGUGCUGAAUGACAAGAUUUCAUACCCAGAGGAGACCUUCAUGGACUGGGAGUUCAAGAUCUCUGUCAUGUACGACAUCGCCAAGGGCAUGUCUUACCUCCAUGCCAGUGACAUUCAGGUUCACGGUCGCCUCAAAUCCACCAACUGUGUGGUGGACAACCGCAUGGUGGUGAAGAUCACAGACUUUGGCUGCAAUGCUUUUCUUAGCCCCUUCCAAGACUUGUGGACAGCUCCGGAGCAUCUGAGGAACGAGGGCACGUCUCAGAAAGGAGACGUCUACAGUUUUGCCAUCAUUGCGCAAGAGAUUGUUCUCAGGAAGAACACCUUCUACACUGAAUCCUGCUCCGACCGAUCAGAAAAACUGUCCAGGCUCAAGUCAUCCUACUUCAGACCUGAUCUUAACUUUGAGACGGCUUCAGAGAAAGAAUUAGAGGUGUACACGUUGAUAAAAAGCUGCUGGGACGAGGACCCAGAAAAAAGACCUGACUUUAAGAAAGUGGAAAUUUAUCUGGGGAAAAUCAUCAGUAAAAUCCAUAAUCAGGAAAAUGAGAGCUACUUGGAUAACAUGAUCAGACGGCUGCAGAUGUAUUCCAGAAACCUGGAGUACCUGGUGGAAGAGAGAACGGCUCUCUACAAAGCUGAGAGGGAUCGAGCUGACAAUCUUAACUUUAUGCUGCUGCCUGGCCCGGUGGUUAAAAGCCUGAAGGAGACCGGGGCUGUGGAGCCAGAGCUGUACGAUGAAGUUACAAUAUAUUUCAGUGACAUAGUUGGCUUCACCACUCUGUGCCAGUACAGCACGCCGAUGGAAGUUGUGGACAUGCUAAACGACAUCUACAAGGGGUUUGACAGCAUCGUCGACCACCACGAUGUGUACAAGGUGGAGACAAUAGGGGAUGCCUACAUGGUUGCUUCUGGUCUUCCAAAGAGAAACGGGAACAGGCAUGCAGUGGAUAUUUGCCGCAUGGCGCUGGACAUCUUGGCAUUCAUGGGCACCUUCCAGCUCCGGCAUCUUCCCGGUAUUCCUGUGUGGAUACGAAUCGGUGUACACUCAGGUCCCUGUGCGGCGGGCAUCGUGGGAAUAAAGAUGCCCAGAUAUUGUUUAUUCGGAGACACGGUCAACACAGCAUCUCGUAUGGAAUCUACAGGACACCCCCUGCGGAUCCAUGUCAGUCAGCCUACCAUAGAUAUCCUGGAGAGAACAAACUGCAAGUUUGAGUAUGAGAUGAGAGGGGAAACAUACCUGAAGGUAAAGGGUAAAGGUACAGAAACAACUUACUGGUUGACAGGUGAAACUGGUGAAGACUACGAUCUUCCUACUCCACCCACAACUGAAAACGUCCAGCGGCUCCAGCAGGACCUCGCCCACAUGACCUUGACGUGUUUGGAGCGUCGCUCGCGAGGUUCCGUGCGAAGGAAGAAGCUGCUACCAAGUCAGAGCAAGGAGGACACCAGCGACCAGGGGUCAGAGGUCGAGUCUGAGAGCAGCCUUCCCGAGUACCUGCAUCUAGCCACUGUGGAUAACACACUCAGUACCUUCCUGUAGAGCAUGCUGUAACUAUUUGCCUGUUAUUGCAUAUAGAGCAGGGAAUCAAGCAUAGAAAAAUGAGGAAUUAAAAGUCCUCAAAUAUUCACGCAUUAUUUCCUGCCAUCAUUUUGGGUGGUUGGAAACGGCGGGUGGAAACUUUGUACUAUGUAAUUGAUGUAAUGCUUUACCCACUCAAGUGUCAUAGCUGAAAGCCAAAACCUUAGAUUUGUUCAGUGCAGAUUUUUUUCUAUAACCAGUUGGGGGAUUUUGUUAUCCUCCGUCAAAAGAAAAACGGUCAAAAAGGGCAUUUUAGGCCAACUUUGAAGGUCUGGUACUCUGCUAAAACAAGAUUUAGCAUAUUUAAGGAUUCAUUUUUAUCCAAAUUUUGAUUCCAGGCUCAGCUUCUAGCUCUUUUUCCUUUUAUGCCAAAAUUAUUUUUUGCUACAUCUGUAUUUUUACACCUGUGAAUGUGUAAUAAUACGGUUCGGAAAUUGAUCUACAUACAUCUAUAAAAUAGUGUGGAAACCCAAACUGAAGUUAUGAGGGGUCAAAGACACUUGGAAAAAUAAAGAAUAAAUAAAUAAAUAAAUAAAUAAAUGCACAAAAUUUCAGCACCAGUUAUAUCGCAAAAAACAAACAAACCCAAACACAGCUGAUGCUCAUGUGGUCAGGUGGCAGCGCUUUUGGAUUUGAUUCACUUACUAUGGGAUGAGCCAGCCGCAGCACCCUCGCAUGCCAGUGCAGAUGCUGCUAAUGGCCUGUUCAACUAACAAAACACAGGAACACGAUAAGAACAGAAGAGGCCGUUUUGCACAGACAGAAAUGCAGGUUCGCCCUUUUUGUGCAUUGUACAGUUUGGAAAAGGUUUUAGAACUACAGUAAUACAUUUGUAUUUGUAAUAUAUCCUGUUGUUUUUGUCAUUAAUGUUCAUUGAUUGUUUCUGCUGCUUAGCUUAAAACUGGGUUAUUCUAUUUAUGUACAGCGCUUAAUGUGUAUUUGUUUCCACAUUUGUCAGCCAGUAAGUAAAUUAUAGGUCUCAUAAAUAUCUAUAGACAAUGCUUAUAAAAGUCACAACUCAGCA